GCCGCAUUCACUCAGUCGCUCAGUUGAAACAUUGAGCGCAAGUCGGGGGUAUGUUCACUUCCUUGCCUCGUGGUUUACUAAAGAACUCUCAACUAACUUCCUACAGUGUGCACUGAUGAGAAAACCACACCUCAGCCCUAAGUUCCGGUUUCGCAGUUCUCUCGUUGCAUCAUCACCUAAUCCGUCUUCUCAGGAUCCGUCUUCUCAGGAUCCGUCUUCUCAGGAUCCGUCUUCUCAGAAUCCGUCUUCUGAGGCCCAGCAUCCAUGAUGAUCCUCCCCUUUCACCUCGUCAAGGUUUGCGGUGGCGUCAUCUUCGCCGCACAGGGGUGCGACAUCCACUCCUUCAACUCAGACUUCAAGCACAUCUCAACAUGGAAGUACCCGGUCCAAAACCCCAAUGAGUCGAGCGGCGCGUCAAAAGAUGCUCCUCAAGACUCACCGGCGCCAGAGGAGCCGCCUACCAAGCGGAGGAAAGUCGAGUCUGGGGCUGGUUCGGAAGCAUCCGUUAAGGACCUUGACCAGGGUGCCGGUUCGGAGAACGGGCGGCCGAAGAGCAAGAAGGCUGCCCAGUACGACGUUCCUGCCAACGAGCGACCCUUCGUGCAGGGACUUUACGCCACCGCGGAUGGCCGACACCUCAUAGCCAUCACGGGCUCCGACAAGACCAUCUGGGUCUUUGAGCACGACGGUGCAGGAAAUCUGAAGCAGCGCAGCCAGCGGCAAGUCGCCCCUUGGUCCGUCCACACAAUCUUUCAUGGCUCGCCGCUAACAACUUCUCCCAGAGCGAUGCCCAAACGCCCCUGCUCUCUCACUCUCACCCGGGACAACCGCACCAUCCUCUCCGCCGACAAGUUCGGCGACGUCUACGCCCUCCCCUUGGUCCCAUCACCCACCGCCACCCCUUCACCUGCCCCUGCCACCCAACCCCCCUCCCGGUGCAGCACCCCCUCCACCCCAGCAGCCGCUUACAAGCCGCAGGCGACGGAGCUCACCGUGCACACCAAACGCAACCUAAAGGCUCUCGAGAACCAAAAGAUCUCCCUCGACCGCAAGGCCAGGCAGCAGGAACAGGAGCAGCAAGCCCCGCAGCGGCCACAGUUCGAGCACACCCUCCUGCUCGGCCACGUCUCCAUGCUUACGGCCAUCUGCGUCGGCGUCGCCGCUGCCUCCACCACUACCACCACCACCAAUACCACUUCUGGCGCUUCUUCUGCGGGGCAGGACGAGGCAAGGGUGCGGGAGUACAUCAUCACGGCCGACCGGGACGAGCACAUCCGCGUCUCGCGCGGCAUUCCGCAGGCGCACGUCAUCGAGGGAUACUGCCUAGGCCACGAGGACUUCGUGAGCCGUUUGUGCGUGGCGCCUGGAGGCAAGGAGGACAUCCUGAUCUCCGGGGGCGGGGACGAUUACCUGUUCGUCUGGGACUGGGCGAGAUGCCGGUUACUUGGCAAGGCUGGCGUGCUAGAGCAUGUGAAGGGUGUCGUCGCAGGCGAGGAGGGGGCGAACAAGGUCGCCGUGACGCGGGUGUUUGCGUGCCGGUGGGAGGGCGGGGUCGGCGUUUUUGUUAUCGUUGAGCGCGUUCCCGCCCUCUUCCGCUACGGACUCCUUGGGGACAAUACCCUAGUACACCGCGAGACCAUUCCGCUACCAGGUAACCCGCUCGACGUAGACGCUUUUGAUAUUGGGGGCGCCUCGCCGCGCCUUCUUGUUGCGCUCCACCCAAAGACCUCUACCGAGGUUGGCAGCAGCUCAUCGCUGGUUGCGCUGGACAAGGAAGAGGCGGGCUGGCGGCAGACCCCCCUGGUCGACAGCCUAGCUACUGGCAGUAGCAGCGACAUCAGUGAAACCGAGUUACAGAAGAUUCUAUAUUCAACUGAGAGUCUUCGUAAGCUCUCGGACUUUGAUUGAGCGCUUAGGUUACUGAACAAAACGAGAAUCGUCCUGACCGUGAACCCCACCCCGUGGUGACGGCGAUAGAGGCGCCUAAAGUGUAACGUCGUUUUCCCGGCUCAGAAACAAUAGCCCAGGGAAAAAGAGUAACUGGACGAUAAUGGAAAC